AUGAACCAGCCCUUGGGCGCAUCAAUCUGGUCCGACUCGGCAUCGGGCAACGAGAACGCCCGGCCAACCCAGCCGACUGGCGCCACGCCAUCUGCUCCACAGAGCUUCUCCUUCGACACCUCCACUACCAGCAACAACAACAACAUCGACACCGCAUCGUCGACACCACCUGCUGGCGCCCUCCCGCCGCACGUUCAAGCCAGCCGUCGAGCACCAUCGCCAGCGCUUAGCGCCUCCUCUACCACCUCAACUCCUACCGACGCCACCAUCGCCGACAUGUCGAAUACGGCUCGAGGCCCCACGCUGUUCAAUCCGCAGCAGGCCAAGCUGCUCAAGUCCGAUCCGGACUACUUGGAAACUCGUCGCACCUCAGCUAGGCCUUCUCGCUCUCGUGCCACGGCAGUCGCUAGCUCUCCAGCCCCUUCGUCAGCACCACGGCAGAGCCUCAUGGCCAGCUUCAAUGCAACACCUAGUCGCGCACCAAUGUCCAAUGGCCCUUCACAGUGGAAUCAGAUGCAGAAAGAGGAGCCGCGCGGUCGUGCGACUCAGAUCACAUCUGCUGCUGCUGCUGCCGCCGCCGCCGUCGCCGCCAACCCACAUGACCGUAUCAACGAGCACAAGGCGGCCGCUCCAGCUCCAGCCACGCCGCUGUCACAAGCAACUGCUCGUGGUCUUGGUAGCAUGGGAGGCGAGGAGGAGGUUCUCAAGGUCGAGAGCACGGUGAACAGCACCAACAGCUCAACCGCUGCCACGCCAGCUGUCAGCUUGCGCGAGCCCACAUCGUCUUCGUCCAACUCCGGUGAUAAGCUCCUUGACGCUGUAAAGGCUAGAUUCCGCGCCAUUGGGGAGGAUCAGGAGGCGGCUAAGAAGGCUAAGGCCGAGACACCGGCCGCGCCACCGGCUGCACCACUACCGUCGACUUCGUCCCCCGCGCCGGCGCCGGCGCCUGUGUUCUCGACUCCUCUCGCCAUCAGCACUGCCAAGCCAGCUGCUGCAGAGCCCUCUGCGGCUGAUCGGAAGACCGAUCUCAUGAACAAGGCUGCUGCAGUCGAGAAGAAGGCCGAGCUGGAUGUGCCAUCGCUGGCCGCUAAGCCGAUCGCUCCGCAUGAGCGCAAGAAGGCUGCUGAGGAGAAGCCAACUGAGCCACCGAAAGCCGCGCCGAAGGUUGAGCGAAAGAUUCAACCGAAGGUCGAGGCUAAGGCUGAGAUCAAGCCUGUGAUCAAGACUGAGCCGAAGAUUGAGCCUGCCGCUGCCGCUCCCAAGCCGACCAACACGCCGAAGCCUCCCGCAAUGCCGACGCCGGCCGCUUCACCUGACUUUGAUGCCGACGCAGCAUAUCAGAAGCGCGUGGGCGAGCUCGUGGCUAUAACGAAGCAGAAUCCGGCUCGUGCCGCCAUGGAGUGGGAUUCACUCAAUGAGAUGAACACCGUCCUCGAGGAGAUGGCCGAGGUCCAGCAGGAGAGGGGGGCUCUUGUAGCCAAGCGCAUCGAGAUGAACGCCAAGAUCGAUGCCGCUAUUGCGCUCAAGGAUAUGCGUAUCGCUGGCUGCUUGAACACAUACUCCAGGAUCAAAAAGAUGCGCAAGGAGGAGGAGGAAGAGGCAUUCGCCCAGGAGGGCGGGGCUAAGCUCAAUGGCUUGAAGCAGGAGGAGUAG